CUCAGGAGGGGAUGGCCCAGUGAUACUUCAGCCAAAGGGAGACCCCAGCAACAUGCGAACGAUUGGCCCAGUGUUGGACACGAUGGAGCUGGGGAGAGGGUUGUCACUGGACCAGUGUGACAAUACUAGAAGCCAGCUGACGCCCAAAGAAAGGGUCAACAACCUGGUGAGACUAGUAGAAAAUCGUUGCCUACUUGGAGCUGCGGUGGAGAUGUGCUGUCCAGAGUUUGCGGAUUGCUUCUUGAGGGAGGAACGAGGAAAGGAGCUUAUCAUUCUCCACACAAACGACUACAAGGAGGAGUUCAUCUCGCCUCUCCAGACAGCCGUUUCUGAAUCCGGAGUGUCCUGUCACACAGAGAACAUCAAGCCUACUGCCUCCAUCACAGAGAAAACAGUGGAACUUCUGCUCAACACAAACAACAGGAUGGUUGCGUUGAUCAUCAGCCCUCAGACCCUACAUCACAGGCACUGGUCUAACCUUGACUACGAGUUCCCAGUUCGGAACAAGAAGCUCCUGCUGCCCAUCCUGCUGUACCCACGAGGUUCCAGAGACCAGAUGGUCCGUGUGCUCCAGCAGCGGGCUCCUGUGCUGGGCAGCCUGGAACGUGAGGAGAUAGAGAUGGAAGGCAGGGCAGUGUUACGAGAGAGGCUGUGCAAAAUCGUGAACAAGAUCAUGACAGACGAUGAAAAGGGUAAGUUAAUGGUACUGAGACUAUAAUCAUCGAAAAUCGCUCUGAGCAACUGCAAC